AAAAGAUUUUCUUUCAUUUGUUAUUCAAAGUUACUAAUUAAAUAGAGAAAAUUUCCCCUUUCCCUUUCAUUUGCCUCAAAAUAAAUAAACAUAUAAUUCAUUUUCUAAUAAAAAUGUCCAGCGAAGGAUAGCCUUUCAUUUCUUAUCCUGGCUUUUACAUUCUAGCCUUUUUAAGAACGGUUGCGGCAAAGCGUGAUACACUCGCCCACCACUCACCAAAAACUCACAGUAAGACGAGAACUGAGAUGAGGAGACGGUGCCUUGGGAUGUUGAGUUUAGCAGUCAUUGUGAUUCUCCUCAUCGGAGAAGUUCCUGAGGCGGCUUCUACUGACGGAGCCAGCAUCAAUGUCACCGCCAGCAUUGCGGAAUUCAUAGGGGAUGAAGAGUUCUUGAUGGGAUCUGAAGUGAAUGCAAGGCUUCUGCAGGAUGGCAAACAGAUUUCGUUUACUUAUCCUUCAUUAAAGAAACCUGCACUUUGUGAUGGAACAAAAUAUGCAUCAGAUCCUAAAUGCUUAGGACAGAUCAACGUGGACAAUCGGGGUUGCAAAUUAAGAGAACAAUGCCGUCAAGGGGGAUGAUCUUCGCUCUAGUGGGGAUGGGUAUAUCGAAGCAAGCAGACAUGCUUGAAGCUGUCAAACAUGGAAUCAAGCCCCAAGAUCUUUAUUAAAUAAGAAGGCGCAUGUAGAUGUAAUUAAGAAUGUUAGUUAAUUGCUUCUGCUUCUAUAGAUGUGUUUAAUUUCUGUGUUUUGCCUUUUCUACCUCUGCCUUAGAAAGGAUAUGGACGCCAUGAAACUGGGUAAUGUCCAUUUUUAAGCUCUACAUGUAAAAGUCAUCUAUCAAUGCGCUAAUUAUUUGUGUGUUUUUAAUCCGUGAAUAAGGGUUUAUUAUUAUG